AUGCCGGGCGUCAUCGAGACGCCCGUUGCUGGCGGUUUGAUGCCGAGUCUGGAUUUUAGUGUCGCGCAUCAAAAAGUCGAGCUGGAAAUUGACUUCAUCAACAAAACUCUGAAAGGAAACACGGAGAUUACGAUUCAUCCGCUACGUCAGGACCUGAAAAACAUUCGUUUGAAUUUUCGCCAGGGCGAGAUCAAACGAUUCAGCGUGAAUGGCAGAGCUGUCCCCAGCUGGGAAUAUGCUGACCCCUACGAAAAUAUUCAACUUUAUGGAGCGCAGUAUUACCAGCGACUGACUCCAAAGAUCGACUCCCUCCUCAAAUCCCCGCGCGAACCCGAAUUAAAGGCAACCAUCCCGAAGAGUGUGAGAAUCGAGGAGCUGGACCCGACUUCUGCAGAAGCGCAAGAUCAGAUUGCACUGCAAGGUGCUGGAGAUGGCGUUGAUGGGCCAGCGGGUGGUCGAGGGCCAGAAGCGAAUCUCCCACGCUUCAAGGCUGUGGUUUUGAACAUCGAAUUUGUAACGGACCGCGUUCGCGAUGGAUUGCAAUUUGUCGGAGUGGACAGCGGCGACCGUCGUUACCCGCAUGCAUAUACCACCAAUUCUCUCUAUUCUGGCGUUGGGUGUCCAUUAUUUCCCUGUGUUGAUGAUGUGGCAUCACGUUGUACCUGGGACAUCUCAAUAACUUGUCCUUCCACACUGGGAGACAUGUUUGAUCGAAAGGCUCGCGAUGCUUCCGGGUCUCGGUCACGAGCUCCAACCAGGCACAUCUCCGUCGACGACGAGGGUUUGGAUCUCUCGGUGGUUUGCUCUGGUGAGCUGACGGAUGAUAUUGUUGACCCCAAAGAUCCUAGUCGGAAAACGGUCUCAUUUGGUUGUUACUCGCCUCUCUCGGCUCGACAAAUUGGAUUCGCCGUUGGUCCCUUCGAGUACGUGAAUCUGGCAGAUUUCCGUGAGAGCGAUCAGGACGAACAGCUGGGUCAAAAUGCCAUUCCUUUGCACGCAUUUUGCUUACCAGGCCGGGGUGAUGAAGUUCAGAACACCAGCUUUCCCAUGGCACAAGCGAUCGAUUUCUUUUCAUUAUCUUAUGGCUCUUAUCCUUUCUCCAGUUACAAAAUUUGCUUCGUCGAUGAUGUGCCAUCAGAUACAUUACCGACAGCAUGCAUGUCGAUCUGCAGCAGUCACCUCCUCUUCCCUGCUGAGAUCAUAGAUCCCAUGUAUGAUUCAACUCGAGCUUUGGUCCAUGCUUUAGCAUGCCAGUGGAGUGGUAUAAAUAUCAUUCCAAACGAACCCGCAGAUACAUGGGUCACUGUAGGUGUUGCAUGGUACAUCACUGACACAUUCAUGAAAAAGCUUUGCGGCAACAACGAAUAUCGAUUUCGUCUCAAGCAAAUGUCGGAUCGUGUCUGUGAGGUCGACUAUGAACGCCCUUCAAUUUAUGACAUGGGAAAUUUCUUGAAGAUCGACCCGUCUGAAUAUCAAUUCAUAGCAUUGAAGGCACCUCUGGUCUUGUUUAUUCUUGACCGGCGCCUCACAAAAGCCAGUGGAAAAGCAACUAUGUCCCGCAUUAUCUCCCGUCUCUUUUUAAAUUCCCGCAUGGGUGAUAUUCCCAACGGAGCUGUGACUUCUUCGCUGUUUCAAAGAGUCUGUGAGCGGCUUGGUCACGCAAAGCUUGAUGUUUACUUUCAACAGUGGGUAUACGGGGCUGGAUGCCCCCGCUUUCAGGCUACUCAGCGAUUCAAUAAAAAAAAGCUUGUGGUUGAAAUGAUGAUCAGACAAGUUCAAUCUGAGCAACAACCUCCAAGGGAUCUUGAUAAGAAUGCCUUCCUGCGAGACGUGAAGGAAGAGGUUCGCCAUGUCUACGCCGGUGCUAUUCAGCCUGUGUUCACCGGGUCAAUGACUCUUCGUAUUCACGAAGCUGACGGUACCCCGUAUGAACAUAUUGUCGAAAUCAAGGAGGGUGUCACCAAGUUCGAUAUCCCAUAUAAUACGAAAUACAAACGGCUCAAACGAAACAAGAAGCAACGGGAGCGGACUGUCGUCAAUGGUGACUCAGAGGCCCAAGAAGACGUACUUCUUUACUGCCUGGGGGAUGUUCUUCAGACAGAAGAAGAAACCCAGCAGUGGAAGUUAGCUGAUUGGACCAAGGAAGACGAAGAGCGUAUGGGCCAGGAGUCCUACGAGUGGAUCCGAAUGGAUGCAGAUUUUGAAUGGGUAUGCAAACUAUCCCUGGGCAUGCCUGGUUACAUGUAUCUGUCGCAGCUCCAGCAAGAUCGAGAUGUUGUUGCCCAGUUGGAGUCACUUCAAUAUAUGGCCGCGCAACGCGAGCAUCCUCUCAUCUCCACCAUCUUUGCACGAACGCUCAUGGACAGUAGGUACUUCCAUGGCGUCCGCGUCACAGCUGCUCGCGCGUUAGUCAAGCAUGCCAAGGAUGAAGUGGAUUGGAUUGGAUUAUUCCAUUUAGAGAGAGCUUUUCAAGAGUUGUUCUGUCUUCCAGGCUCUCCCAUGACUCGCUCAAAUGAUUUCUCAGACAGAGCUGCGUACAUCCUUCAGCAAGAGAUCCCAGAGGCGAUCUCAAAGGUUCGGGACAACAGCGGCAAGACUCCUCUCCGGGUGAAGCGGUUCCUCUUUGACAAGCUGAAAUUUAACGACAACUCUAAUAAUGAGUACUCGGAUAAUUAUUAUGUAGCGUCCCUAAUGCGCUCACUUUGCCACGCCUUACUUGGCCGCAAUGAGUCGCGGCAAGACGACGAACUGGCUCAUUUUGAUAUGGAGCGUGUCUUGGAAUCUCAGGCAGAGGAACAGCUCGAGAAAGAUGCACUAGCAGAGUUUGACAGAUACCGGAGAAUGGAUGAAUGGUCAGGCUCCUAUCAGAAUCUUUACGCCCGAGCAGCAUUGCAAUGUCAAAUGCAAAUGAUGCAGGCCAAUAUUCAAGACCUCGAUCUUAUGCGGUUCAUUCCGUAUACAAGAGCUGGAACUUACGAUCUUCUGCGAUUGCAAGCGUUCGAAUGUCUUGUGGACCUUGAUAUCUCCCAAAUCCCCGAUCUUACUCGAUGGCUCAUUUACACCAUGACCAGUGACCCGUCGGCGUAUGUGCGCCAUCACGCUCUGCGAUUGUUUGGCCGAGCCUUGGCCAUGAUUGCCUUUGGCCGCCCUUUACAGCCAGAGAACAAUCAGGCUGAUGGCUUGAUUAUCGAACAAGAGUCCUCUACCGAUAUCCGACAGGCAGAUCUUGCACGACGCCAGACUGUUCCCGGUGCGAUUGAAGCCCUCAAGCGGGAACUCGCUGGUGAUGGGUCAAUGAAGGAAUAUCUCUGGGCUGCGGCCAACUCGUUUCCCAUCGGAAUCCUUGAGAUAUCUGAAAUCGGCGACCUUUGCAACGUGAUGUUUGAGCCCGUAACAUCAAAAGUUGCCAAACUCCGUCUCCCCAGAUUCUGGAAUGUUCAAAAUAUGGGCCAAGGAAAGGUGCGGUUCUAUCGAUCAAAAAAUGUGCGAACCAGUCUGGCCCCCUCGAAGGAGGCUGUCAAGCGCAAGCGUGAGGAACAGGCCAUGCCGGCACCUGCCCCUCGUAUUACCUUCAAACAAUCCAAGACGAGCUCCACGCCCAGUGCACCAUCCACUCCUAGCCUUCCUAAGCUUCACAUUCCCAAGCCGUCCCCUGCCCCUGCAGCAGCAGCUGCAGUUGCCAACACCCCUACCGCUUCCACACCAUCUACGCCUGGCACGCUGAAGCUGAAGCUCAAAUUUGGGCAGAAAACAAAAUAA